UAUUACUCUAGUACAUAUAUAUUUAUAGUUCUGAAAACCUUAAUCAUUCAAUCAGUCAGUCAAAACAAGUUAAGACACUAUUAUUGUAAUAACUUUACUUUCACACAUUCAUUAUUGUUGUAAAUGUUUGUGUAGUGAAAUAGUUUGUAUUUCUGAAAAUAACUUGAAUCCUCUUUUGUUAAAUACAGUCCCAGUUAAUACAAUAUAAUUCUAGUAAUUAAGAAAGAAAUCUGCUCUGUCCGUAGAUAGUUCUAUUCAUUAAACAAUUCAUAUUCAAAUAAGCACAUACGCACUCAUUUCAACCAAUCAUAUUAAAGUAUGACCAUUUCACAUGUAAUCCAAUGAAAGGAAAUAAAAGCAAUCGAGUAACCUUGGUGACGAGACCUAUGAACCAACCAAUUUUGGAAAUAAUAACUAACAUUAAAUUACUAUUAUUAUUAUUACUACUAUUAUUAUCAAUACUGUUACUACUAUUGCUUGGACAGUAUUAAUUUGUGCAUACGUAAUUUGUGGGUGGUGAACAGAAUACAGGACAAGAAAAAAAACUAAAUUUGAAAUUCUAUAAAAACUCUAGUGACAACACGAACAACUACGAUAUUCACAAGUUGAAAGAUCAACGUCAUAGUUACAAGUAUCUGAAAAAAAAGUAAUUAAUUCAUUUUUAUACAAAGAGAAAAAUGUUGUGCAAUCUACCAUGUCGAAUUGUUUUGAUUGCUAUGAACACUGUCAGCUUGAUUGUAGGGCUGGCAUUGCUCAUACUUGGAGCCUUGAUGGUUUGGGGUCAAAGUGUUAUACAAUCUCUAUUGAAUAAUUUCGUAACCAAUCUAAUUCAUCAAUAUAUUAAAGGAAGUGAUGGUGGACAAAUUAAUGAACUGGUUACAAGAAUACUGACGUCUACUUCUCCAGUUGGUUUAGCAGUCUUUAUCCUAGGUGCUGUUUGUACAGGUAUCUCAAUAUUUGGUUAUUGUGGAGCCUGUUGCAAUAUGAAGAUACUACUUUAUAUAUACGCAAUUCUAGUAGGAGCUUUGGCACUUGCUUUUCUGGUUACAUUCAGUGUGUACUUCUCUCGUAAAGAUGAGAUUGGCAACAAAGCAGUUGAAAUGUUCGAGACGAGUGUAAAGAAUUAUCAGUCAAUGGAAGCAAAUACACUGGACAGUCUAGUGGUUGGUUUAAUCUCGCCUCCACUUCAAUGCUGUGGCGUGGAUGGUGGAAGUGACUUUAAAAGUUCACCUAAUUUCUGGAAAAAUGACACUUACGGUGGUAAAACAUAUACUAAUAUUGAAUAUCCUGUACCGUGUUGCAAAAUGAAUCAAAAUUAUGCAAUCAGUGAUUCUACAUGUCCAGAUAAAUUCGAUGAUAAUAACAGUAAUUACAAAAAUGGUUGUAGAGGUCCAUUGAAAGAAUUUUUCCUUAAAUAUAUGGAUUAUGUAGCUUAUGGAUUAAUUGGGGCAUUUGUUUUAUUGUUGCUCGUUGUUCUAUUCACACUUUUAACCAUUUGUAUUGAUGUUAUCUGAACAAACAAACAAACAAAACCGACAAAAAAAACAAAACUAAAUGAAAUGGAAUUCAAUAUUCAAUUGAUUGUUUGUCUAUACUCGGUUAAGAGUUAAAUACUCAAAUAAAGUGAUCUCUUUUGUUGGACUUUGCCUUUAUAAAACAAAAUAAAGUUAAUGCCUUUGCAUAGUUGAUGUAUACAUCUAUGCUUUUAUGAAUGUAUGUAUGUAUGUAUGUAUGUGUGUAUGUGUGUAUGUAUGCAUGUAGUUGACAGGUUCACUUUUCACACUUCCAAUCUCUUCAUGUGACUUUUUAUAUAACUAUUAUUAUUAUUAUUAUUAUUAUUAUUAUUAUUCAUUGUAUCACUGCUGUUAGUAUCAUCAUCAUCAUUCCUAUUAUAAUGUUAAAUAAUCAACCAUAUUUCAUAGAAUUGAACUGAUAUGGUGAUGAUGAUGAUGAUCAUCAUCAUCAUCAUCAUCGUCAACCUUGUUUAUUACUUUUCUUUUUAUCUUUCUUUCUAUACAUUCAUAUUAUCAUUAGUUAUUAUACUUUGAUUAUGUUUAAUUACAAUGAAUGUAAUUUAUAUAUAAUAAUAAUUAUUAUUAUUGUUAUACAAUUUCAUUCAACUCUUAUUGAUAGUGUUGUUGUAUGAUGAAAUACAAUAAUAAUGUAAUAAGGUGGUUACUUGUACUCAAAUAAAUACAUUCCCUCUCUCUCUCUCUCUCUUUUAUUAUUAUUAUUGUUUGAAUAAAUAAGUCUUUAUGGUGUUGGGGAAAUGAAAACAAACAAAAAAAGAAGCUUCUUUCUAAACAUUUAUGUUAGUACUUAAUAAAUAAAUAGACAUUUGAAUUUGAAGUGACUUUGUUUUUUUUCUUGUUCAUAGAUUUCUAAGAAGUUUAUAUGAGUAUACUUGAAAUAUAACUAAAUAAUGAAAUCCAGAAUGGGUAUUUCUUUCUAUUUAAGACUUAUUAAAUGGAUAUUCUUGAAUAUUAGUAGUGAUAUUAACAUUGAGG